AGCAUCAGUAAAUCCCGCGAGGAAGGACGGUGAGGGAGUAAAGAUGGCGGCCUCCUUGGUUAGAUUUGUCCGCAGCGGUUUUGGAAAAAGUCUGAACGUUGCUAGACAGAGCGCUGCGAUUGUCCAGACAAGAACAACGACAACUGAAACCAGACCUACCGUAAGGCCCAAGGAUCCAGUCACCCACACUCAGCUUUCAGAGUUUGGCGAAUACAUUGCAGAGAUUCUCCCCAAAUAUGUGCAACAAGUUCAGGUGACCUGCUUUAAUGAGCUGGAGGUAAUGAUCCAUCCAGAAGGGAUUAUACCUGUUCUCACCUUCUUGAAAGAUCACACAAACGCUCAGUUCAACAACAUGACUGACCUGACAGCUGUGGAUGUCCCUACAAGGCACUAUCGCUUUGAGAUUGUGUAUAAUCUGCUGUCCCUGCGCUAUAACUCUCGAAUCCGAGUGAAGACCUACACUGACGAGCUGAGUCCUCUUGACUCCUCUGUGUCUGUACACCAGGCAGCUAACUGGUAUGAGAGAGAGAUUUGGGACAUGUAUGGAGUUUUCUUCGCAAACCAUCCAGAUCUGAGACGUAUCUUGACAGAUUAUGGAUUUGAAGGUCAUCCAUUCAGGAAAGACUUUCCUUUGUCUGGAUAUGUGGAGGUGCGUUAUGACGAUGAGGUGAAGCGGGUUGUGGCUGAACCUGUGGAGCUCGCUCAGGAGUUCCGUAAGUUUGACUUGAACAGUCCAUGGGAAGCGUUCCCCGCAUACAGGGAGCCCAAAGAUGCACCCAAGCUGGAGUCUGGGGACAAACCAGCAAAGUAACCCUGGAGAGCUGUAAUGAUCAGAACAUAUUUAUGUAAAUAAGACCCUGUGCUACAUCUAAAUAAAACAAUGAAACGA